AUGCACCUGCUUCAGUUUCCGAGCACAUGCCGAAAGCUGCAGAGCAUCAGAGUACAGCUGCAGAGCGUGUGCCGAGUGUUGGGGAGUCUACACGUACAGCUGCAGAGCAUGCGCCUGAAACCUCACACUCUCCGCUUACAGCUACAGGGCAUACGCCGAAAUCUGCAGAGGCUCCACGUACAGCCGCAGAGCAUUUGGCCAGUGCUACUGAAGCCUCAUCUACAGCCCCAGAUCAUCUGCCGAACACUGGAGGGGUUUUGGACGCAGCGGCAGAUCUUGUGCCGAAAGCUGAAGGCGGACCUGUUACAGCUGCAGAUGUCCUGCUGGAUCUAUUUCUGCAAAUCUGCAAGUGGGGAGAGAAAAACACACGAUUCUUGA